AUGAAGAGAUUUGGGAUUCAAAACGCAAUUCUCUUAGUAUCAUUUCUUUUUGUUCUGCUUCUCUUCACCUGUUUUGCUUCCAGCCAAAACGAUGACGUUUACGAAGACUCCGCGUCUAAAUGGGUUCGGAUCCGGGUCGGGUUAGUUUUGGAUAUGGAUUCUCUGGAGGGAAAAAUGGUGGGAAGAUCUGUUACAACGGCACUUUCCGACUUCUACGCCAUUAACACUGAUCACAAAACAAGAGUCUCUCUCUCGAUCAGAAACUCUCACGGAGAGCCACUCCUGGCUCUCGCUUCUGCUGUAGAUCUGCUGCAAUCAGAAGAAGUGGAGGCGAUCAUCACCGCCGGGGACUCGAUUCUCCAAACGAAGCUGUUGGCGGAGAUUGGGGAGAAAGCUAAGGUUCCUGUGAUCUCAAUCAACUCUCCGAUCUCACCGUCGUUGAGCAGAUACAGUCAUUUGAUCCAAGCGACGCUUGAUUCUUCCUCCGAGGCGAAGGGGAUCACAGCUUUCAUCCAUGGGUUUGAUUGGAAGAGUGUUGGUCUUGUUUACGAGGAUGACGAUGACUGGAGAGAGAGUAUGCAACUCAUGGUGGAUCAUUUUUAUGAGAACGGUGUUGGUAUACAAUCCAAGGCUGGUUUUGCAGUGUCUUCAACCGAGGAAAUGGUUAUGGAUCGGUUAAGGAAGAUGAAGGACUUGGGGACGAGUGUGUUUGUGGUGCACUCGUCUGAGGUUACAGCUACUCGUCUCUUCCCGUGUGCUGAGAGGUUGGGGAUGAUGGGUGAAGGGUUUGCUUGGAUCCUCACUGCCAAAAGCAUGAGCAGCAGUUUCCAUGGAAAAGAGGCAAUGGAAGGCGUGGUUGGCUUCAAGACUUACAUUCCAAUGUCAAGAGAGCUUCAGAACUUCACUUUGAGACUGAGAACAUCACUAGGGAAUGGAGACGAUGUUCGGUUGAGUAUCUCUGGUGUAUGGGCUCAUGAUGUAGCUUGGGCACUGGCGAGAUCAGCGGAGAUGGUGAAUGCUUCAUCAACCCUCCUUGAGGCUAUCACUGAGUGUAGGUUUAAGGGUUUGAGUGGUGACUUCCAAGUGAAGGAUAAGAAGUUCUUGUCAGACAAGUUUGAGAUUGUGAAUUUUUUGGAAUCAGGUGAGAGGAGAAUUGGGUUCUGGAAUGGCAAUGGUAGUUUCAGCAGUAGAAGACAUUUUAACAAGCUCGAGACUAUAAUCUGGCCUGGUGGGUCUGCUCAAACUCCGGGAGGGCGCGUUCUAGGAGAAAGCAAAAGAAGAAAGCUGAGGGUUUUGGUUACAUCUAGCAACAGAUUCCCAAGCCUGAUGGAGGUGGAGACUUCAGCAAUAAAUGUUACGACUGUGAAAGGGUUCUGUAUAGAAGUCUUCCAGGCUGCCAUUGCACCUUUCAACUAUGAUCUGGAGUUCAUCCCUUGGCGCAAUGGAAGUAACUACGACAAUCUUGCAAUUGCACUUUCUACUCAGAAAGACAAAUAUGAUGCAGCCGUGGGAGAUAUUACAAUCACUGCCAAUAGAGCGAAGUAUGUUGAUUUUACUAUGCCAUUCACCGACAUGGGUCUUGGAAUAGUAGCACCAAGGGAGAGUAGUAUGUGGGUGUUCUUCCAUCCUCUAACGCGAGACCUUUGGAUAACAAGUGCAGCUUUCUUUGUCUUGACGGGCACUAUAGUUUGGUUGAUAGAAAGACCUGAUAACAAAGAGUUCCAGGGUUCUUGGCCGAAACAGAUCGGAGUUAUAUUUUGGUUUGGUUUCUCUACCCUUGUUUAUGCGCAUAGGGAGAAACUACAACACAACUUAUCCAGAUUUGUAGUUACAGUUUGGAUAUUUGCAGUGCUCAUAUUGACUACAAGCUAUACUGCUACUUUGACAUCAAUGAUGACGGUGCAACAGAUACGAUUCAACUCUAAUAAAGAUCAUGUGGGGCAUCUUUCGGGCUCCCUCAUUGCAAAUAUGUCCCUAACCAGUUCCAAAUUCCGAUCAACGAACACCAAGGGUCUCAAUAAUUCUAAAGAAUAUGCUCAAGCUUUGUUGGACAAUACUGUCUCAUUUGUUGUCGAUGAGUUGCCAUACCUCAAAGUCCUCAUUGGAGAGAAUCCUGAAAAGUUUCUCAUGGUCAAGGCACAUUGUAACACCAUUGGUUUCGGCUUUAUGUUUCAGAAGGGCGACGACCUGGUGCAUCGUGUGUCCAUGGAGAUCAUGAAACUAAGGGCGAGCGAUAGAAUAAGUGAGAUGGAGAAAAGAUCGUUUGAGAGUAAACUUCCAUACACAGCAGAUGAUACAUCAAAUCCUCUAAAUCUUUAUAUGUUCCGCGGAUUGUUUAUGAUCACUGGAGUUUCUUCAGCUUUGGCUCUUGCACUACUUCUCAUUACCUGGCUCCGAGACAACUGGGACGAUCUGAUGAACUCGGUCAACGUAUUCCUCUCGCGACGACUUGUACAUUUUAGGAUCCUCUUCGCAACAAGUAUCCAUCCCAACCCUCUUGAUGACGAGAAUGCGGUUCAAAUGGCUCAACGUAACUGA